AUGACGGGGUACAGCUCCGAGGAUGAAGGACCUCAUGAUCCGCAGUCGGACGUAGUUUCCCGGUGGGCACAAUCCGAUCUGGAACCCGCGGGAGAGGACAAGGAAGGUGCCUUGAAGAGCGAUUAUAUCGAUCAAAUGCCACCGGUUUCGGCAUUAAGACUACUCUGCGUUUAUAUCGAGCUGCUUGUUAAGCAGACUAUUGAUGAACUGGACGACUGCCGGGUAGAUGCUUCGUCCCUAGCCAAGGACAGGGCUCCAGGUGAUAGCGUGUCCAGUGGGGAAGCCACCCCCGUAGGCGGCACCGAGAUACAUUGCUGCCCUGCAGGCUAUAAUGAUGCAGGACGCGAUCUUAUCCAAUUGGGCAUCCUUUCCAAAAGAUUUCUCUCAAAGCGCGUGCCUUCGAUCACAUUAAAAGACUACCUCCUACGGCUUCAUCGCUACUGCCCAAUGUCAACAGCCGUCUAUCUCGCUACAAGCAUGUACCUUACCCGAAUGGUGACUGUCGAGAGAACUAUAUCACUGAACCAUAGGAACAUGCAUCGUCUAGUCCUUGCUGGUCUUCGAGUAGCCAUGAAAACGCUGGAAGAUCUUAGUUAUCCUCAUAGCCGUAUUGCGAAGACAGAAAUGUCCUCCGGGAAUUCUUCAACGGAAACGCACACCAACGGCAGUUUUGCAACACUGGGCUCAAGUCCACCCUCCGCACUCGGCGGCAAAGGCCAAGCCAUCCCCCCGAAGGUUACCCUGGAAGAUGCCAGUGUUGAGCUCAAGACAAUGAAUUCAGAGCGUGGAGCUGUGAGGGGGUCAAUCCCUCUUGGUGAAGAUAUCAUGCAGAUUGCCCGGAUAGGGGAGGUUUCUGCUAUGCAAAGAUUAUUCGACGAGAAGAAGUUCAGCGCCAACCAUAAGGAUGAGGAAGGGAUCACCCCAUUACACUGGGCUGCGAUCAACAAUCAGUACGCCAUGUGCAAGUUCCUGCUAGACUCCGGCGCCGACGUCAAUGCCAAAGGAGGCGAAUCUGUAGCUACACCAGCGAUGUGGGCGGCUCAACGGUGUCACUACUAUAUCGUCCACCUUCUGCUUCAACAGGGCGCUGACCCCCUCCUUACCGACGUCCAAGGCUACAAUAUUCUUCACCUGGCUACUAUUGAUGGAAAUGCCUUCUUACUGGUGCUACUUCUGCAUCAGGAAAUACCAGUGGACGUCGUCGACCAACAAGGGCAUACGGGCUUGAUGUGGGCCGCUUACAAAGGGUACCCUGCCUUGGUGGAUUUAUUCCUGCGAUGGGGCGCUAAUGCCAAUGCUGUCGACGACAGUGGGCUUACUCCCCUCCAUUGGGCUCUCGUGAAAGGGUCCUUGCCCUGUGUCCUAAAAUUGAUCGAGUAUGGCGCGGAUAAAUUUGCAAAGACCAGGGAUGGUAAAACGCCGGCAGUUGUGGCGGGGGAGAUGAAUACCACGCGCGUGUGGUAUCGUGCUUUGGAUGAAUAUGGUUAUGACUUCGAUGGGAACGCGAAGGUUUUCUCUUCUGGAUUAACUUCUUGGGCACGUAACAAGAACUUAAUGUCCAAGUUCUUUUUCCUCUGGCCUUUCGCCAUUGUUUUCGUCGCCGUGUGGAUACUGAGCAAUAUGGUGGUAUACGCUGCUAUUCCUAUGAUGCUUGUGACUGUCUUUGGGCUACAAUGGGUAGCGCAGAAGGCCGCCAGCCAAGGUCCUUCCGAAUAUCGGAUUCUGCAAAAAACGCCUUAUUUAUCCGGCGUUUUUGCGGGCACCCUAUUCUGGGUGGGCUUCAGAUACGUCUUUUACGUACUGCCCGUGACUUACUCUACAUCUCCGAUUCUUAACGUGCUUUUUGCUAUAUUUUUCUUCCUGACAACUUAUUUUUACAUAUACUCGAUGGUUGAAGACCCUGGGUUCGUUCCAAAACUCGACAGUAGAAACCAACAAAGAGCAGUCAUUACGGAGCUCUUCGAACAGUGGAAGUUCGACGAAGAAAAUUUCUGUGUUAGCUGCAUGGUCCGACGGCCCUUGCGAAGCAAGCAUUGCAAACGCUGCGGGCGCUGCGUUGCGAAACAUGACCACCAUUGUCCCUGGAUUGAUAAUUGCGUCGGAGCCAAUAACCUACGCCAUUUUGUUCUAUAUAUUGCCUGCUUGGAGGUUGGUAUUGUCCUUUUCCUGCAGCUAACCUUUAAUUAUAUCAAUAGUUUGCCAGCACCCGUGCAGCCCCAGUGUAACAUCAUCAAUGAGACUCUCUGUGACUUUGUGCUCCGUGAUACGUUUACUCUUGUUCUCGAUCUAUGGGUAUGCAUUCAGCUGGUCUGGAUCACCAUGCUUGUUGCCGUCCAGAUGAUCCAAAUUUCUCGUAAUCAGACGACAUAUGAGAACAUGAGAGGGCACUCGGUUGACCGAAGCUAUCCUAGCUCGCGGGCUUUUGCCUCUGCAGUAACGGCUGGGACAACAUCCCUCAAUGCUGCCGGUCUAUCGUCUUCUGGUCAAGGUCCGAAUCCCGCACUUGCCCGGGCUGCUCCUCGCCAUCGAAAACAUGGUUGCUUGCAGCAAUGGUCGUCUCUUCUUGGCAUUGAUACGUUUUUUGCUACCGCGCGAGAUGGAUUGCGUGACGGCCCACGUGCUGUCCGGCCGAAGAACCCGUUCUCGCGGGGCAUUGUCACCAAUUGUCGAGAUUUCUGGUGUGACCCCGCUCCGUACUUUGGAAAACGAGAACCAGGCGCGGCUAUGCUUGGUGGCGAAGUGAUCAACUAUAACCGCAUGUAUGAGACUCCGUCCCGAAUGUACAGUGGUGGUGGGUAUCGGAGUCUGUCAGCUGAGACCCGGAACAAGGUGUCUAAUUGUGGGUUUCUGUUGUUGGAUGGACAGAUCCUAGUAUGUGUUCCUGUGACCGGCUCUAGAAAGCACUGCAUUCUUCAAGCGCAAUUUUUAUGA